AUGAUCUCUUCUCACCAUCAUCAUCACCAUCAUCAUCAACAACAACAACAACCAUACACCGAAGAGCAAAAUCAUUCCAACAACAACUAUAACAACAACAGUCCAAGAAAACUCUCCCACUUUGCUUCCUCUCCCAAUCCGUCGACAUCGUCUUCAAACGCUUCCUCCCUCUCCUCUCCAUCUCCCUUGUCGUCAACUGUAAUGAUGAAUCCUCACUCUCAUCACUCUCUUCCUUCAACUCAAUAUAUUAUGAGUUCACCCCGACAACAACCACAGUAUCCUGUAAUGACCACCUCCUCUUCGUACGUGAAUUCUUCGUCGGGUAACACUGCUCCUUCCACUCUCAACACAACUGCUCAUAUGGGAAGAACAUUGAGUAGCACAAGCAUUGCAAGUGAUGAUUUGAAUGAAAUCACAUACGGACAACGUCAAAAAGCAGGCAAACAGGUCAAACAAUAUAUUUUGGGAGAAGUUCUCGGUGAAGGUGCCUUUGGUAAAGUCCGAGAGGCAAUCGAUUCAAAUACCCUCAAAAGAGUGGCCAUUAAAAUCAUCAAGAGAGACAAACUCAGGCGUAUCAAGAAUGGUGAAACUCUCCUGAAGAAUGAAAUCAACAUUAUGAGGAAACUCAAAUCACACAAGAAUAUUGUCAAAUUAAUCGAAGUCAUUCAUGUGGAUGGAGGAGCAGCCAUGGGACACAUGUCCACCUCAAUUUCCUCAUCAACAGCAAGUAGAAUGAGUAUUUCAAACAUUUUCGGGAAUCAAACCGCCGUUCCUCCAGCCACUUCAUCUGUAGAGAACAAAUCAAAUAGCACACCAUGUCAACAACCUCCAACUCCUUCCAUUGGAUCUUCUGCCCAUAGUUCUAAAAAAGCCAGAACAUACAUGGUCCUCGAGUUUGCUGGUGCAGGAAGCUUGCAACAGCUCAUGAACUCUCAACCAAAUAAUCGUUUACCAGUCAAUGAAGUUUGGCAUUAUUUUAGACAAUUAAUUGAAGGAUUAGAAUAUAUGCACAGUUUGGGAAUAAUACAUAGAGACAUCAAACCAGCAAAUUUAAUGAUCACUCCUGAUCGAGUUUUGAAAAUAAGUGAUUUUGGAACAGCCAUAGAAUUGGAUCAUUUUUCUCCGAGCGAUGAAUGUACACAGAGUUUUGGUACGCCACAUUUUCAAUCUCCACAAAUUGCAAACGGUCUCAAACAAUUUUCAGGAAAAAAGCUCGAUAUUUGGGCUUGUGGUGUCACAUUGUACGUUCUCGUUGUUGGAAAACAGCCCUUCCACGACGACGGAAAUAUUAUGAAUCUGUAUGAACAAAUUGCAGUUGGAAAGUAUGAAAUUCCUGAUUGGGUUGAACCCGAUUUAAAGGCACUCAUCAAGGGAAUGAUGACUGUCGAUGAAGAUGAAAGGUGGUCUAUCGAGCAAAUCAAGAGCUGUGAAUGGUUCAACACAACACGGUAUUUGGACAGCUUUUCAGAUAGAAAUUCGAUUGAUUCACACCACUCGAUUGGCCGUGACUCUUCCGCUUCGUCGAAACGAGACUCCUCCGGCAGUGUCAAGAUGGGUACAAGUGCUGGCUCUUCGAGAAAGAGUCUCGUCGAUCGGUGGAAAAGUUUUACCUUGUUACCGUAUUUGGCUAAGGCGGUAGAUACAGAAGCCAAUGCAUCACCACCCUCUGCCAGAAAGCCAUCGACGACUGACUCGUCGGUUGUUGAAAGAACCUCCUCGAAUGUGAGUUCUCACAGUGCUGCUGCUGGAGCUGCUUCUUCCAAUGUUGGAAGCGUUCCCCACAAGAGUAUGAAUUUGAGUGAUUAUGCGACAUUGCAGCAGGGUGGCUCCAAUAUUGAUUCAAUGAGUAUUGAUGACACUAAUGACAGUUUUGAUCACAAUAAUACGAAAGAACAAAUGUCAGAUGAUGAUGCAUCCAAUGUUCAUGGUGAUGGCGACAUUUUAAGCUUGAAACUCACCUCUCCCAAUUCGAAAGAUAAGACGAGUACAAAGAACAAACGAACGAGUACAAAACCGUCGUUGGCAGUCAAAUCGUCGAACACACCAAAUGAAGGUGGUGCCAAUACUACUGCUUCUGAAGAGGAAAAGAAAAAGUGUAUCAUUAUGUAA